AUGCGGACGUCAAGGUUGAUCAGCGCCCUCUCGGCGGUGGCCGUUGCCUCCGCGGGCGUGAUGGCGCUCGACAUUGGCGACGAACUGCGCAUGAACUGGAAGAUGGGCCUGCUGCCGCGGCAGGACACGCUGAACCUUCAGACUUUCGAAGGCGAUGUGGGAGGCGUCAAGGCGUCCGCGGUACGUUAUUUCACUUCGAGUUUACCAACAACGGCUUGCUUUUUCGACAACGGCGAUGCGAUUGUGGUGGUGGGUGGUGGGUGGUGGUGCUGUUGGGACGGGGCCCGGACGGGAGUUCCGGUGUGGCGGUCUCGCGGGCGGUUUCAGAAUCACGAUCGGGAGCAGGACCAGGACGAAGGGACGACAUUGUGCUGA